GCAGCGGGAGGGACGCGCUGCGCCGCUCAAGUCACCGCCCAGAUAGCAGAGCCUCCGCCCCGUACGGCGGCCCUCCCCCACGGUCCCCGAGCGUCGGCGGUGACUCGCCGUGUGCGGUGACGCCCCGGGGCCCCCUGAGCGCGAGCCCGCCGCGCCGGCGGGAGGAUGAGCGGCACCAGCGCCAGGGCUGGCCACCGUGCCCAGCCGGUGGUCAAGAGCGUGCUGGUGUAUCGCAACGGGGACCCCUUCUUCGCGGGGCGCCGCGUCGUCAUCCACGAGAAGAAGAUGUCCACCUUCGACGUGUUUCUGAAAGAGGUCACGGGCGGCGUCCAGGCACCCUUUGGGGCCGUCAGGAAUCUCUACACCCCGCGAACCGGGCACCGCAUCCGAAAGUUAGACCAGAUCCAGAGCGGGGGCAACUACGUGGCUGGGGGCCAGGAAGCCUUCAAAAAACUUAAUUACCUGGACAUAGGAGAAAUCAAGAAAAGACCAAUGGAAGUUGUUAAUACAGAGGUAAAACCAGUAAUUCACAGCAGGAUCAAUGUGUCAGCUCGAUUUAGAAAACCACUUCAGGAGCCCUGCACUAUCUUCUUGAUUGCAAAUGGAGACCUCAUAAGCCCGGCUGCUCGCCUCCUCAUCCCUAGAAAAGCCUUGAAUCAGUGGGAUCACGUGUUACAAAUGGUCACAGAAAAAAUCACCCUGAGGAGUGGGGCUGUCCACAGACUUUAUACUUUAGAAGGAAAGCUGGUUGAGAAUGGGGCAGAGCUGGAGAAUGGUCAGUUUUAUGUGGCUGUCGGCAGAGAUAAGUUUAAGAAAUUGCCUUACAGUGAAUUACUUUUUGACAAGUCAACAAUGAGAAGGUCUUAUGGUCAGAAAGCUUCUUCACUGCCUCCUAUUGUAGGAUCCAAAAAGUCUAAAGGGAGUGGAAACGAUCGCCAGUCUAAGUCAACCGUCGGAUCCAGCGACAACUCAUCUCCUCAGCCCCCAAAGAGGAGAGGGAAAAAAGCGGACGUGAAUUUGGAAAAACCCACAAAAGGGAAACAAAAUGUUAAAUUAAAGAAUUCACGAACAAUUCCAAACAGUGAACGUACCCGGGCCCUGUCAGUCCACCCCCUGCAGGGUGGCAGUUUGGGACUUGACCAUAAGAGCAUGUCCCUGUACACAAAGGCCGCAACAGCACUACAUGGAGCAAUAGAGGACCACUUGGCUGACAGUGAUACCUGCCAAGAUAAGGCCUGCCCACCUCCACGAAGGGCCCAGGGAGUCUCACCAACGCGAAAGGGGGUCCUGCGGGGCUUAGAUCGCCAAAACCUCAUUGUCUAUUUCCUGCAAGGCCUCCUGUACCUUUUGUUGGUGGUCCGGGAUGUAACCACAGCAUUCAAUGUGCAAGAGGGCAUUGUCCACAGCCUUGCCGAGGAGAGUGGGGUUGUUGUGGCGCUGCCUUUGCAAGAGGGCUUCAACAGUGUGGCGGCGAGUGUUCCCCUCCAGAUUGCUCCAGUCCCCGUGCUGGAGGUCCUCCCAGAGGUCCCUGCCCCAUAG